UUUUCAACAAUUAUUUUAUUUAUUUAUUGUUAUCCACAUGAAUAUAUGAUAACAAACCUCUGUGAAAACUUUCUACAUCGUCUUCUCUACGCUGCCAUUUCACUGACCAAUGGGCUCCAAUGUAAUUCCUCAGGCGCUGUUUGCGGCUCUAAGGAUCCCCAUUCAAUGGGGUUCCAAGACGCCGUCUUUUUCUGCUUUCUCCCGACCUACGGAGCUCAAUUCGCGCUCAAUUUGUGUUUCUAGGGUUUCUUCCAUUCGCUCCCGCCUUUCAAAUCGGGGAAAUCAGCGGUUUGUUGUCAGAGCUGAUGAAGAUGGAGUUUCUGGAGCUGAUGCUGUCGCAGUGGAUGAAGGUUCGCCGGAAACUGGGUUAGAAACUGAAUCAGAGCCUCAGUUGAGAGUUGCAACAAUGGAAAAGCCUCCCAGGAAGCCUCGGAUCAAGCUCGGAGAUAUAAUGGGGAUAUUGAACAAGAGAGCAGUUGAAGAAUCUGAUAAGGAAAGGCCUAUACCGGACCUUAGGACUGGCGAUGUUGUAGAGAUCAAGCUGGAAGUCCCUGAAAACAGGAAGAGGUUGUCUGUUUAUAAAGGUAUAGUAAUAUCAAAGCAAAAUGCUGGUAUUCACACAACCAUUCGGGUUCGGAGGAUCAUUGCUGGUGUUGGGGUUGAGAUCGUAUUCCCUAUAUAUUCGCCAAAUAUCAAAGAGAUCAAGGUAGUGAAGCACCGUAAAGUGAGGAGGGCAAGAUUGUACUAUUUGCGCGACAAACUUCCCAGGCUCUCCACUUUCAAGUAAAGUUAUGUGUUUUUCACCAGUUUGCAUACUUACAUUGCGUGCUAAAAUAUGUAUCAUCACUCUCUUUUUCUCAGUUGUAAGUUUCCAAACCUGUAAUAUGUUUUCCAUAUACUCUUGGUAGGGGUACAAAGAGAUAAAAUUUCACUUUGGGUCCUUACUCUACAUUAAGGUGAUAUGGAUUUAGUUUCAAAUGCCACAUUGUAAGACAACUUGGGAUGAUAUAGUGGACUAAAACAUGUUCCCAAAA